AUGGAACCAGAAAACCGAACCACAGUGUCAGAAUUCUUCCUCCUGGGACUCUCAGAGAAGCCUGAACAUCAGCCCCUCCUCUUUGGGCUGUUCCUGUCCAUGUACCUGGUCACCAUCACUGGGAACCUGCUCAUCAUCCUGGCCAUCAUCACCGACUCCCACCUCCACACGCCCAUGUACUUCUUCCUCGCCAAUCUGUCUCUGGUCGACAUCUUCUUCUCCACCACCACUGUCCCCAAAAUGCUGGCCAACAUCCAGACCCAGGGCAGAGCCAUCCCCUUUGCAGGCUGCCUGGUGCAGAUGUACGCAUUCCACUUGUUUGGCACCAUGGACAGCUUCCUCCUGGCCGUGAUGGCCAUUGACCGCUUCGUAGCCAUUGUCUACCCUCUGCGCUACUCGAUCCUCAUGAGCUCCCGUGUGUGUGGGCUGUUGGUGGGGGGACCAUGGGUGAUCACCAACCUCCAGUCUCUAGUGCACACCUGCCUUAUGGCCCAGCUGACCUUCUGUGAUGGCUCUGAGAUCCCCCACUUCUGUGACCUCAUGCCGCUGCUGAAGCUCUCCUGCUCAGACACACACACCAACGAGCUGGUCAUCUUUGGUUUUGGCAUUGUCAUGGGCUUCAGCCCACUGUCCUGCAUCCUUCUCUCUUAUGUCUGCAUCUUCCGGGCCGUGUUGAAGAUCCCUUCUGCCCAGGGCAAGUGGAAAGCCUUCUCCACCUGCGGCUCCCACCUCACUGUGGUGUCACUGUUCUACGGGACCAUUUUUGCCGUGUACCUACAGCCCGCUUCGCCCGCCUCCUCGCAGAAAGACAAGGCUGCGGCCCUGAUGUGUGGGGUGGUCAUCCCCAUGCUGAACCCCUUUAUCUACAGCCUAAGAAACAAGGACAUGAAGGUGGCUCUAAGGAAGCUCCUAGGCAAAGCAGCCCCCUCUCAUUCCUAG